AUGACCAUUGAGAGUAAAAUGAUAUACCUCUUGUGCAUGUAAUUGGUCAGCCAUGAUGCCAGUGGUACACCAAAUACAUAUAAAGUUGAUGAUGAUAAAAAGAAGAGUCCAAUUAAUAUAAUGCCAACAAAUACUAUACCACUAAAGAAUACAAAUGUUCCUACAUAGCCGACAAAAUCAUAUAAGAAGCUAGCGAUUGCUGGACCAAUAAUAGCCCCUACUCCAACAGCCAAUUCAACAUAACCAAUAUAGGUAUCCUUAUCAUGA